AUGUACCUCUCAAAAGCUCCAUUGGGAGCCUUGCUCUUGAGCACUCUCCUUCAACUUACAAGCAGUUCAUCCAUACCAAUCGCCGCUUCUCCAGAGAACGUUAUCAAUAAUCCAUCCUCUGCCGAAUCUACAAAUCGCAUACCUACAUCCCGCGAAAGCGCCAUUCUCGCCCGUCGCAUUCUCCAUCUUACGCCUCUCGGAACCCUCUCGACCAUCUUCCCUAACUCAUCAUCAACUUCCGAGAACCGACCCUCCAAUCUCCAAAAUAUCCCCAUCGGUCUCAUGGACUACAUAGCUGACUGUGAACCGACAACUAAUAAUCCUACCAUCCUCGCUCUCAGCAUAGCAACCACCUUCAAAAACGCAGUCUCAAACCCAAAUAUCUCUCUCUCCCUAUCUUGGACCCCUCCUUACCCCCCUAAAUCCCGCAUAUCCUCUAAGCCAGACCCAUUCGCAUUUUCGGCGGCAAAUCAACCGCGGUUCAGCAUCUUGGGAUACCUCGAACCCAUCACUACUUCGCCUGCAGAAGACCAAGAAUUAAGACAAUGUUUUGUCGAUACUCACCCCGAUGCUAAAUAUUGGUUACCAGGUAACCAUAUUCAUCAUAGUGAGUGGGUUCGCUUGGUUGUGCAGGAAAUCUACUGGAUAGGAGGAUUCGGGGAUCGCGCGUAUAUUGGUUGGAUACCUAUUGAGGAGUGGAGGUCUGUUGAAAGAGAAGAGUGGGAGAAAGUGAGAUUGGUAGGAGAAAAGAAAGGGUGGAAGGAAUGGGCGGUUGAGGGAUUGGGAUUGGGAGGUUCUUGGGAGUUGUGA